UCUCGUAGAAACAAUUAUUAUAACACGUCCAAAGUCAUUGUUUUCUUUCCGGGUGGGAGAGAGCUUGAGGGAGGGAGGGAGGGGCGUGUAUACCUGAGAGAGAAAGAGACAACCUCCUCCUCCUCCUCUUCCUCCUCUUCCGUGACUUCUUCCCGCAUGGUGGACUUGUUGGUGGUCGCAAGUUCGUCAGUCUCACAGUGGCGUUGGUCGGUGUCGCACGAGACUUGUCCUUUCCGUGGCUUUCAGGACUAGCUUGUAUCGACUCCGUGCUGUCCCCUCUUGCGUCUGUCUUGUCCCUUGUCUUGUGCUUGUAAAGAGGUCUGUCUGUUUGCCCUCUUGUGACUGUGAGAACUUGUGCUUGUAACGAGGUCUUUGUAUCCUUCUUCUUGUGACUGUCAGAACUUGUGCCAUCCCCCUUGUAACUGUCAGAACUUGUGCUUGUAAAGAGGUCUGUCUAUCCGUCCUCGUGUGACUCUCAGAACUUGUGCUUGUAACGAGGUCUCUGUAUCCUUCUUCUUGUGACUGUCAGAACUUGUGCUAUCCCCCUUGUAACUGUCAGAACUUGUGCUUGUAACGAGGUCUCUGUAUCCUUCUUCUUGUGACUCAGAACUUGUGCUAUCCCCCUUGUAACUGUCAGAACUUGUGCUUGUAACGAGGUCUCUGUAUCCUUCUUCUUGUGACUGUCAGAACUUGUGCCAUCCCCCCUUGUAACUGUCAGAACUUGUGCUUGUAACGAGGUAUCUGUAUCCUUCUUCUUGUGACUGUCAGAACUUGUGCUAUCCCCCUAGUAACUGUGAGAACUUGUGCUUGUAAAGAGGUCCGUCUAUCUGUCUUCUCGUGUCCGUCAGAACUUGUAAUCGUGUCUGAUCUCAUUGUCGUAAAUUAUGAAGUGAAAAUGCGAACAUCAAAAUAAGGAGACGCCAAUCUGCAUGCUUACCAACACGUGUUCAUGUUGUGACGUCAUCUAGGAACAGUGUAGAGGUCCUCGCCGGUGCAGGGCUCAAGGGCCGCUGCUUCUGGCCAUGGCGCGUCUACGGGAGUGCCUGUCUCUGCUCCUGGCCCUUCUACUGCUCCCCGAUGCCUCCUUUGCUAAGUUCUACAUCGGCCGCUACAAGACUGUCCCGGCCGUAGUCAGCGAUGAUGGUGGUAGUGGUGGUGGUGAUGAUGGUGGUGGUGAUGGUGAUGGUGGGCAGGCUAGGAGUAUGCCGUACAUUAUAUACCCCGGCGAGGCAGGCAGCGAGUCCUUAGCCUUCAGCCCAAACACACACCAGAGAUGGCGCGUGGAGCAACCCCCGAUUCGCCGCCAUGGCAAUAUCGAACCAGCCGGCGCCUUCGGACUCACCAACAACUACGGAAACGACCCCUACAAAGGCUACAGUCUGGUGCACAAAAAGGAGUUUAAAUACGUCAUCCCACCUUUUACACCCGGGGGCAGGGUCCAUGUGGCCUUCCAGUUUUGGAUUCCCAUCAGCCUCGGCGGGUUCUUCGUGUCAGGCCGAGAGCUGGAGGCCGCCCUCAGGUCCGCUAACCCAACUUCAUACAUCACCAAGCUCUUCCUGAAGCACCUGUCCGCCAACACUACCGCCGGGGAACUCCUGGGACACCUCAAAGCCCCGGUGGUAGAGGCGGCCAUUGACAGGUUCUUGAAGUGGGUGAUACCGCAUCUUCACCACUUCACGGGCAACAGCAUCAACACCGUCAAUACCUACACACUGCGGGUAGACAAGAAGGGAAAGCACAAGACAGGGAAGAGCAAGAGAAGUUUACUAGAUCGACUCUCACACAGGAGGAAGCGGCGAGACACAUCCCUAAGACUUGAGCCGAAGGAGGAAGCGGAGGAAGGAAAGAGUACAGUGAAGAGAAGCUUUGGCCGUGAUAGCGAUUGUCUUACCCUCUCACCGAAGUGCCCAGACGAGAUCGAGUCCUCCACCAAACACUCUGGAAGCACCAACACAAAGACACGCAGAAGACGCUUAGCAUAUGAAAGGAGUCUGGACGAGCCCAUGGACUUUGCAGAGGAUGAAAGAGAAGAAGUCGAGAAGGCAAGACAUACCACCUCGAAGUCACGGAGAAAGAGCCAAGCAGAGGAAAGAAAGCUAUAUGAACCCACUGACUUCGCGGAGGACGAAAGAGAAGUAGUACAGGUUGCAAGCCAUACCAGGUCGAACUCACCAAGAAAGCGUCAAGCAGAGGAGGGAAGUCUGGACGAAGAAUCUGACUCCGCUAAGGGACAUACCGAAGAAGAGCCACAUGUAGGUCUUCGGAGGCACAAGAGGCAAGUGCGUGGAGACUCAGACGGCUGGGUGACCAUAGGUGGGGGUCGGGGUAGUGGUGGUAGUGGUAGUAAUGACCAUUCCACCAACAUCCCCACGUCUCCACUUCUGACAAGACCUUCAGCGUGGUCGUCUCACAGGCCUCGGCCGGUAAUUCCCAACGACCGCCUGCUCUGGGACGACGACCACCACGUCAUCACGCACAACGACCUCAGCAUGGAGGAACACAAGCGGCCAAGUCUUGACUUUACAUCCCCCAUUGAGCGCCCUCGUCCUUCCCCCCCACCAUCCUCCUCCUCGUUCCCUUCGUGGCCAUCCUUCCUCACACGCCCAGCAUCCCGUCCGCCUCCUUCCUCGUUCAAUCCCUCCCAUGCUUCGAACUCCCAACCCAGUGAUACCAGACCCUCCUUCCCUGCCCCGCCCCGUCCCUCCUCCUCCUCCUCUGCCUCCACCCCUUCUCCAGUCAAGCCUCACAACCCCUUCAGCACCCUCGCUUCAUCUGACAACCUGCCCUCUGGAGCCACACCUAACCCCAAGGUACUGGAUGUGAGGAGUCGUCUGUCUCGCCUCGACUAUCUCUUCACGAAUCUUCACCUUAAACACGAGGACUGCCGACGAAGGAUACUCUGUGAGGUGUCCCGGGAGCCCGACACCUUCGCCCCGCUCUCUGACAUGGUGCACGGCGAGACAAGGCUCCCUGGAAACCCGCUGGAUGUGAGCCGGGAACUGCUCAACUCAGCCGAGGGGGCCAGGCUGCUCUCCUACGUCGAGGCUGUCAAGGUCGGGGAGGACAGGACGCAGGUGUGUGAUAUUUACCGGUACAGGUGUCGCGUGGAGGCCAGGCAGGUGAUCAACACAGAGAUCCUGCCCAUCUGGAGGGAGGUGGUGCGCUGGCUCACGGUCAAGGUCCUCACGCAAGACUCAUCCAAAUUGGCCCUUGCAUCUGGGUGAGCAGUGGAGGGCAGCCCAAGAAACAAGGUUAUUUUUACCAUUGGCGACGCUCUUGAAUCUCGUAAACCCAUUAAGGAAAAAAGAAAAUCAGCCAAGGGAAGGAGUAUGACUAUGGCAAGAGAAAUGUUCCAAAAGCCUUUAUGGUAUCCUUGUUAUGUCAUUCAUUAGCGCAUCUCGAAAGCUUUGUGGUACGAAAGGCUCUCAAAUCACCCAAAAUAUUACGUAGCUACUGAGAAUCUUUAUUGUCUGCGUGUAGCCUUUAUUAUUACUUCUAUGUUUCUUUUUUGCAGUACAGAGGCAGCUCAAGGGAAAAAAAUACAAAAUAGAUAAAAAAAUGUACUAUACCUAUGCUCCUGCAAUGAGAAGGCUGGUAGUAGCUGAAAGAAAGGGUCAGAUUCAGAUGGAGAGAUGUCUUGAUACUCCCCUUUGGAAAGCAUUCAAGUCAUAGGAAGGAAUACAGACAAAGGAAUCAAGGCUUCUCCAGAGUUUACCAGCAGAAGCGAUGAAAGACUGAAGAUGCUGGUGAACUCUUGCAUAACGGAUUUGGACAGACAGCAUAGGGGUGAGCUAGAUUCACUAUUUUCUUCCCUGGUAGCUUAGUGUAUUUGUCCCUGGUGGUGUUGUGAAUCUGUAGCAAAUAUAUAUCAGUGUCCAAAGCAAUUCUCAUCAUGUGAUAAUAGUUGCUUCAUCAUGACUGGCUUAGUAUGUUAUGACAGUGAUGUGGGCUUUGUUGAGCAGGGAUACCGCCAGCAUUACCAUUUUAUCGUACUCAAAACAUUGCAUUUAUCAGUUCCAGUGUCCAAAAUUCUCGCACCCACACAGAUAACGAGAUUCCAGUUAAAGUUAUCGUUAAAAGCGUUACUUAUUGGCGUUUGUUUACGAUAUUUGUGAGUCAGAAACCGGGAAAUAUGAUGUGCUGAGUGGUGGCUAACUACGAUAAUUUGGUAACGCUGGAUACCGCCUUACUCAGCACGGUCACUUCUGGUUGCAUAGAUGGAGUGUGGUUGAGUGAGGAAGAAUAAUAUGCAGUUGGUCUUGUAUUAUAUUUGUUGUAUAUGUUGUUGUUGUUACUUGUUUCUACAUGCAUUUGUUACCUGCUGGCUUGAUACAUCUACUGAGUUUAGUGCGAAGUUUUUGUUUGAUUUGUUUUGGAUGGUCAUCACCGUAAAGACUUUCACACCCAAAGCACAAUAUGCCGAUGCCAGUGUGCCUCACAAGGGCUGCCACUAGAAGCACAUUCAUCACACGAAGUAGUUGGCAAUGACAGUGAGUAUUGGCUGUACGUGCUGCCAAGCUGUACUGGAAACUGAAGCACUGCAACAUUAGUUUUAUGGUGUACAGUUUUAGGUUAUUCAUAUCUUCUGGUGAGACAGGAAGCUUGUUUGUGUAGUGGAAGCGUCCAGAGCAUGACUAGCCAUAAAAAGAAAAGUUGAAAUUAUAUACAAAAUAAAGUUUUCCUUUUU